CCAGAGGAACGUAGUAGCCUUCGAGACAGAGCUGAAAUAAAAUCGAGUGAAAAUUUUCUCGUGAGACAAAUUCAUCAUGACUACGCUGAAAGAGAAACGCGAUGCCUUCCGUCAGUAUCUGGAGGAAUGCGGAAUAAUUGGCUUUCUCACUCGCGCCUUGACGCGUCUCUAUGAGAUGAAGGAGCGUCCUGAAGAUGGGAUUGAGUUUCUGAAGCAGAUGCUGGAGGCGUAUGAUAAAACACAACAAGAGAAUGUCGCUAUACUUUCUACUCCUCAAUGCAAAGAGUCCUCUCCUCUGUUGGCCACUCAGGAGAAGAAGGAAGAAGCAUUGCAGACUGUGAAACCUAUUCCAUCAAAGAACAUUGAGAUCAACAGCACUCCAGAAAUUUCAGGUCAAGUGAAGAAGCAAGAAGAAGACAUUCUCCCUCCAAAAGAUACAGAUUACAAAACUAACAUUGUGCAGGAGAAGAAGGAAGAAUCACCGGCAGCGGUCGAUGAUUCUAAGACCUCUGUUGAGAACAGCAAAAGCAGCACUGUUCCAGAAGCUUCUAGCAAGGUGAAGGAGAGAGAAAGUGCCAUUGAUCUCACGGAGGAGAAGGAAAAGGAAGCGAAUUCUGCUGAUAAUAUGCGAGAGUCUUCACACAAAUCAAUUUUGGAGAGCGCCAUCAGUCGCCACAAAGAGAUUCCUGCUCCAACUCAUGCUCCAGAACAUAGAGAUUGGAGUCACAAGCCGAAUGAGACUUCAAGCAAACAAAUAUCUCAGGAAUACGCGCACUCAGGCCAAUCUACAAGGUCACACAUUUCUGCCCAGCAAGCAGAGGUCAAGGAUACCGCUCAUUCGGAUGAUUCCUUUGAAUCCGCAAAAGGACCGACAAAAGAAUUCGUUUUGUAAACUCACCCGCCAAUCCUGCAAGUUGGAGAUGCGCGUCAAGGAUGCCUGAAUUGUGUGCUUCCCCGUGCUCUUGGUCGUCAUCAGCCUGACCACGGCG